UGUGUACAGUUUCUCCUGACCCUGUGUCUAUAAAAGAGAACAGCACUGUGGACGUUCUAGUAGCCAAAAUCACCUGUGGUGAUGAUGUUCAGCUGACCGUCACAGAGAACCCUGCUGAGGCUUUCUACCUGCGGGGGACGGACCUCAUCGCCAAGAGAGGACUGGACUUUGAGUCUCUGCCCCGUGUGGAUGAUGCUCUGUGGGUCAGGGUGCGCUGCAACAGAACUGGCUCCAGAUCAGUGAACGUGUCUGUUGAAGUUUUCAUUGAAAAUGUGAACGAUAAUCCUCCAAACUUCGCUCAGAGUCAUUACGUUCUCCAGGUGAACGAGCUGACUGCUGUGAACACCAGUGUUGGUCGGAUAGAGGCCACAGACAUUGACUCUGAGCCACUGUACUAUCGUUUAGAGUCAGCCACGAACAGGUAUCUACGACUGGAGAAUGCCAACACCCCCAACAUACUGGUGCAAAACAUCAUCGACUACGACUCCGUCCAAAAGAUCCUGGUCUUACAUGUACAGGACACGUAUAACGUUUCUGAGUCCGGCGAGCCGUCGUUCACUGCCGUGGUGACCAUCACGGUUAACGUGAAGGACGUUGACAACCGUCCACCGUGGUUCCAGCCCUGUGUCAGAACCAACCUGGGGAUAGCCAAACUGUGUGUCAGCUCUGGCUACAGGGCAAAGGUCAACCUCACCGAGAAAGAGGACAGUGCUUUAUCUCUGGACCCUGGUCCGUUAUACGCCAAGGAUGGAGACAGAAACAGGAGCGAGCUGAUCAGCUACAGGAUACUUAGAGGGAAUGAAGGCAGCAUCUUCCAGAUCGAUGAGGAGACGGGCAACAUCACCAUGGCCAAAGCGGCAGACAUAGCAGGCCCAAUAACCCUCACUGUCCUGGCCUCCCAGGUUACCAACAGGGACCAGUUUGCUGUGACUCAGGUCACCAUCGAGGUGCUGAGGAAGAGCAGGAACCCUCCGCGGUUUGAGAAGGAGCGUUAUGAAGGUUACAUCUACAGUAACUCAGUCCCAGAGACCAUGAUCCUACGAGACAGAACCUCCAACAGACCCUUCAGGGUCAAGGCCAGAGACGAGGACUUUGCCACCGGUGUAAACCCAGACAUGAGAUAUGAGGUGCAGUACAGCAGUUAUGUCAACGUGACAAACGAAGGGUUUGUUCUUCUGAAGAGGAUUGUGAAGACAGAGUCCUUCGCUCUGCAGAUUCGUGCUAUGGACCUGUCUACAGGGGAGUUUGGUACAGCGGCCCUCUCUGUCCUGGUUAUACCAGCUGUGGCGGUUCCUUUGCCCUCGGGAGCAGGGUACCGGGCGGGGGACAUGGCUCUUCUGGGAUUGAUCAUGGCAGCCAUCUUGGUUCUCUGCUUCAUCGUGAUUGGCUUCCUGAUCUCCCGCCUGAAGAAAGGAGGCGCCAACGUGGAUAAGAUAACUGAGUGUCUGGCUCCAUGUCUGAAGAUGACAAGGCCCCAAGGGAGACCCAAGGACACCCUGCAGUACACCAACGAUGGCUACCAGGGUACCGAGGGUGAUGCCCUGCGCUGCAGACCCAGAUGCCCAGAGCCGGUAGACAAGAGGGGCCGAGGUGCUACUGUCCCUGGGGACAAAGGCAGAGCCAUCCCCCUGGAGCGACGCCGGAGCGACCGCCACUGUGGCUUCUGCGGCCUGUACGCCAACCACAACACCAAGCCCGGCCCGGCCUGCAGCCCUGCUAUGGGGGGUGGGAGAGGAGAAGGUGGAGACAAGGACGGGGUGAGGUCCAUACUCGCCAAGGGGGGAAGGAAGGAAGGAGGGAAGUCAGUGUGGUUUAAGGAGAAGGAGGAUGCGUCUGGGAUCGAGGUGGAGAUCAUCCCGGAUACUCUGGGUCAGGAGGAGGAGACUGAGGAGGAGGUGUUGGACAUGGAGGAGGUGGAGGAGAGAGACAGGAGCAUGUCUAGUCAGACAGAGAUCGAUGGUGGGCAUGGGGACCAGGAGAGCCAUGGAGAGUCUGAUUCAGCUGCUAAAGAGGAAAAAGAGAAGGAGGGUUGAGAGGAUAACUGGGUUACAUUCUAUAGGGAGAGGAUAUCUGGGUUAUAUUCUAUAGGGAGAGGAUAUCUGGGUUACAUUCUAUAGGGAGAGGAUAUCUGGGUUAUAUUCUAUAGGGAGAGGAUAUCUGGGUUACAUUCUAUAGGGAGAGGAUAUCUGGGUUACAUUCAAUAGGGAGAGGAUAUCUGGGUUACAUUCUAUAGGGAGAGGAUAUCUGGGUUAUAUUCUAUAGGGAGAGGAUAUCUGGGUUAUAUUCUAUAGGGAGAGGAUAACUGGGUUAUAUUCUAUAGGGAGAGGAUAUCUGGGUUACAUUCAAUAGGGAGAGGAUAUCUGGGUGAAUUGAAUAGGGAGAGGAUAUCUGGGUUAUAUUCUAUAGGGAGAGGAUAUCUGGGUUACAUUCUAUAGGGAGAGGAUAUCUGGGUUACAUUCUAU